AUGUUCCAGUAUCCGCUCAAUGGCCGUCCGACGGCCUUCUUCCGCGGCGACUGGUACGUUGGAAAGGGCGUUGCCUGCGCGCGAAUCCGGAUGGGGCCUCGCACGGAGGACGUCGCGGAGGUCUUCUGCACGCAUCUCCAUGCGCCGUACGAACGGGAGCCGCAUGACUCGUACCUGUGCCAUCGGACGGCGCAGGCAUGGGAGAUCGCGAAGCUGAUGCGGGGAGCCGCGGAGAGAGGCCAUCUGGUGAUUGGGCUGGGUGAUUUCAACAUGGUGCCCUUGUCGUUUGCCCACAGGUUGAUCACGGCGCAUGCGCCUGUCAAAGACGUAUGGCGGCAUCUACACCCAGACUCAUCGAUCGGCGCCCCUGAAUCCCCUGCAGAACGACGACGGAACAAGCCGAUCCCCACGGCGGAUUACAACAUUAGCGAAAACGGAGCGACGUGCGACGGACCGUUCAACACCUGGCGCUGGCCCAAAGAGCAGCAGAAGCGUCUCGAUCGGGGCGAGGAUAUCAUCGUCGACGGCAACGUCAAGGACCCCAAGGGCAGGAGACUGGACUACAUCUUCGUCGGCGACGGCGGCUACCCCCCGAGCUUCCCAGCGCCAAAAUGGAACAUCGAGUCGGCGCGAGUGGCCAUGAUGCAGCGGCAUCCGACCCUGCGAUGCUCUCUGAGCGACCACUUUGCCGUCGAAGCGGUCAUCAGCCGCAGUCUCAGCCCAGCAGAAUCCAGCGUCUCCACUGAAGAAACGCGCGCUCCCGAGCCUCAGAACCCGGACGACCACGGCUUCACCGUGCAGCCCUCCUCCCAACUGCACCCGACCACCGCACCCAGCACGGCCCUAACACCCGAAACCUACGAGGAGAUCCUCGACAUGAUCGCGAAAUACGCGCAGCGCGAGCGGUCCCAGCGGCGCUGGCGCCUAGGACACUUCCUAGCCUCGAUCAUCGUCUCGAUCGGCUGCUUCGUCGCCGUCUGGUGGACGUCGGACGUGAUCUACGUCUCCUUCAUCCUGACGAUGGUCAGCACGCUGAACUUUGCGGCGGGGGUUCUGGACGGUCUGGUCGGAGGGCUGUUCAUGUCCAGCGAGCUCCGCGCUCUGAAGGAGUUUGAGUGGGAGGUGAAGAUGGCGAAGAAGUUGGCUGUUGCAGCGGCAGCUGGUAAGGAUUCUCAAGGCAGUGGUUACGUUGCCAGUGAUGAGGAUCUAUAA